AAAGGCCAUGUUCCUUACACAUUACAACAAUCCCAUGCCUACAUUAGUGUUCCUGUUUCAUUAAGAGACAUUAAAUUAAGGUCUGAGAGGAAGGCAGAUUCCUAAGUGGGCUCCUGUUCCUAACAUAAUUUAAAAACAGCUGCAAACCCGUCUCAUGUUGUUUAGCCCAGAAAUGCUGUCUUUUGCUUGAUUGUUUUUAUUUAUCAUGGAUUAGUUCACAGAUAUAAUGUUAAGGAUUAAGUGACUGAAAAGACUUGAUAACACCGCAUGGCUCAUACCCAUCUCAAUCACUCUCCUUUUAUUGAAGUAAAAUUCACAUGACAUAAAAAUCAUAAUUUUAACCAUUUUUAAAAUGUGCAAUUCAGUGGCUUUUAGUACAUUCACAAUGUUGUACAAUCACCACCACAAUCUAACUCCAGAACAUUUCCAUAACCCAAAAAAGAAACCCCAUACCCAUUAAGCGGUCAUUCCCCAUUCCUUCUUACCUCAACCCCUGCCAGCCUCUAACCCGUUUUGUCUCUAUGGAUUUGCCUGUUCCAGACAUCCCAGAUAAAUGGAAUCACGCAAUGCAUGACUUUUUCUGUUUUGCUUCCCUCACUUUGCCUAAUGUUUUCAGGGCUCAUGUAUUGGUACUUCAUUCCUUCCUAUGGAUGAAUAAUCUAUUGUGAGGAUAUACCACACUUUGUAUAUCCAUUCAUCAGUUAAUGGAUAUUCGGGUUUGACUUUGUGGCUAUUAUGAAUAGUGUCACUGUGAACCUACUGUACCAGUUUUUGUUCAGUACCUAUUUUCAAUUUCGGGGGGUAAAUUCCUAGGGGUGGGAUAGCUGGUCAUACGGCAAUUCUGUGUUUAACUUUUUGAGGAAUCAUGAAACAUUCUAAAGCUGUUGCAUCAUAUGAGAGUUCCAAUGUCUCCACAUGCUUGCCAACAUUUGUGGGGUUUUUUUCCCCUUUAAAAAAUUACUAAAGCCAUUCUAGUGGGUGUAAGUGAUAUUUCCUUGUCCAUUUGUUUUAUGGAUAAACAAUUCAUCAUAGAAACCACUUCAGAAACAAAAAACAUGUUCAUGUCAGGUCUUAGGUUUUCUUCUUUCCUGUAUGAGACUACCACUAAAUUGGGAGGAGAUUUCCCUAAGGUGAGUGGCAAAGUGAACAUAUGAGAGUCUGAACAACAGAGCUGUGCUUUACUGGCUCCCAUCAUCCUCUCCCCCUGGAGCAACCAUGAUCAAUGCCAAGGCAUCUAAAUGAUGACUGUUGAAAUGUCAGCCCCCUAAAGAAUAGCCAGGUGUCUUUAGUCAGUGAUUGGCAAAGAGGCAUCCAAACCAUUAUGAGGCUUGGCUUGUAAAAAGCUCUUCUGGGGGAAAAAAGUCAUUUUUUUAAACUUGAUGAACACUAUUUUUUUCUCCGUAUGUUCAGCAUUUUUUUAAGGAAAAUAAAACACAACUAACCCUCAAUUUCACAUCCCGUUUUCGUAAAAGGUAAAAAGUAAUUUGUUUAGAUAAAGCAAUGGGUUAAAUAGCUUGGGCCUUGUAAAAUUUGAAAUUCCUUCCUAGCUCAUGUCUUAUUAAUAAUUCGGUGUUCAUUGCACACCUUCCUAUGAGGGUCUGCCAUAAUUUAUCUUUGAUUAUUAUAAUCACCACACUACAGAAGUUAUUCCUUUCCUUUUAGGAGCAUUUCGUUUUGAGAACUAAAACACAUAUAUGCAAAUGAUUGCCCGGAUAAAGGAAGGGGGCGAAAGGAAUUAUGCUUUUUUUUUUUUUUUUUCCUUUCAGUUUCUGCAUCCAUUUCUGCAUUCUGAACUGUCUGGUACAAAUAGCUUCAGUGAGGAGUUUAGUCUGUUUUAGGUCGUCUCUCUUGAGUGUAAACUGUACUGAUGGGAGGGAAAACUGAGACCCACUGCUCCGAGGUUGGGAGGAAGGAGAAACUAACAAGAAACUGGAGACAAAGCUAAAGUUUGAAAGACCUGCUGCAGGUCAGUCUUCCUGGGAACAGGUGCGUUUCGGAGAAAGACUUGAUGGGAUUUUGAAAAGGGAUAGGAGAGCUGGAAGGAGUGAUUCUUCCUUGGACUGCAACAAGUGAAAGGCCAAAAGGAGCCUAGGCUAGGGAUGCUGGGAAGUCCGAAAGGUAGUUAAAAAUCAUGGUAAUUGAACAUUCAUUCUCUUGCACAGAAACCAUCCAAUUCCUAAAUGAGGCAAAGGCGCUUUAGGCAUGCCUACAUCGAUUUCUGUCUCUUAAAAGUUUCGGAAUUAGAACGGGGUCACACGUCCAGGGCCUCAAAAAAGGCUGAAAUCCUAGCUGUUCACAGAAAGACUCGAAGGUCUUCCGGCCAGUUUGUGGAGUUGGUGACAGGUCUGGUCACCUGCACAGCGGACCCCGCGUGGGUUUAGAGGAACUGGCAUCCUUGCCCUCCCAGGCCUUUACACUCUCCUCCCCCGGGGCCCGCCAACUCUCCUGGGUACAAAGUACAGCAGGGACGCAGGCGGAGCCUUUCCAAGCGGCGCAGCCAUAUCUUUCCCCACUGAACACCUAGAUGGAUUUCCAAUACCGCGCCUGGCACGUUCGGGAGGGAGCCUCAGGCUCCUUCCGAGCUCCCAGCCGCGCGUCCUCCUUUCUGCAGUCUAUAUUCGUCUGGGAGACACAAGGGGCUCUGGGCACCACAAGCCUUAUUAAGAGAUUCGCAAUGGUUUACUCAGGCCCCUAAACCGCUCCCGCCUGCGAAGAGCAGCCUGCGGUGUUGUAACGCAGAAGCUCCUAACGCAAGGUUUUUGCGCUUCCUCCUCCUAACACCGCUCAGGGUCAGUUUCAGCGACUCUAAGGGUAUCUGCGUGGGCGCCUGUGCGGGGGUCCCGCCCAAAGAAAGGAGUUGGACCGCGCGAAGAACGUCACCGUGCUACCAGACCGCACAGGCACUUUGCACGGGCCAUCUACGCGUCGGUCUGGAAGUAGCGCGCCCUGGCCCCAGCCCGGGCAGCUGCGGCGAAGGCGGCGGCAGCAGGGGCCCCGGGGCCGGCGCUGCGGGCGGCAUGGAGGAGCCGGGGCGAAAUGCGUCCCAGAACGGGACCUUGAGCGAGGGCCAGGGCAGCGCCAUCCUCAUCUCUUUUAUCUACUCCGUGGUGUGCCUGGUGGGGCUGUGUGGUAACUCCAUGGUCAUCUACGUGAUCCUGCGCUACGCCAAAAUGAAGACGGCCACCAACAUCUACAUCCUGAACCUGGCCAUCGCCGAUGAGCUGCUCAUGCUCAGUGUGCCAUUUCUGGUCACCUCCACGUUGCUUCGCCACUGGCCCUUCGGCGCGCUGCUCUGCCGCCUCGUGCUCAGCGUGGACGCAGUCAACAUGUUCACCAGCAUCUACUGUCUGACUGUCCUUAGCGUGGACCGGUACGUGGCCGUGGUGCACCCCAUCAAGGCAGCACGCUACCGCCGGCCCACCGUGGCCAAGGUGGUGAAUCUGGGCGUGUGGGUGCUAUCGCUGCUUGUCAUUCUGCCCAUCGUGGUCUUUUCGCGCACGGCGGCCAACAGUGAUGGCACGGUGGCCUGCAACAUGCUCAUGCCUGAGCCCGCUCAGCGCUGGCUAGUGGGCUUCGUGUUGUACACGUUUCUCAUGGGCUUCUUGCUGCCCGUCGGGGCCAUCUGCCUGUGCUACGUACUCAUCAUCGCCAAAAUGCGCAUGGUGGCCCUCAAGGCCGGCUGGCAGCAGCGCAAGCGCUCGGAGCGCAAGAUCACCCUGAUGGUGAUGAUGGUGGUGAUGGUAUUUGUCAUCUGCUGGAUGCCUUUCUAUGUAGUGCAGUUGGUCAACGUGUUUGCAGAGCAGGACGACGCCACGGUUAGCCAGCUGUCGGUCAUCCUCGGCUACGCCAACAGCUGCGCCAAUCCCAUCCUCUAUGGCUUCCUUUCGGACAACUUCAAGCGCUCUUUCCAGCGCAUCCUGUGCCUCAGCUGGAUGGACAACGCCGCCGAGGAGCCUGUCGACUACUACGCCACGGCCCUCAAGAGUCGCGCUUACAGCGUGGAGGACUUCCAGCCAGAGAACCUGGAGUCUGGAGGCGGUGUGUUCCGUAAUGGCACCUGUGCAGAUCAUGAACUCAUAAACGUCGCCAACUCUGCCUGACCCUCAGCCCGGCCAGCCGUUAUUUUUGUUUGAGCUGAGCCACAGUUACCGCCACGGGUUUCCCACGGGAUGAGUCCCCAGCUCGCCCUCAGCCCCGCCCUGCCGCGCCCCUCCGCUAGCCAGAGUCUGCCUGGCGCCCCUAGCGGAGUCUAGAGAAUCACCGCUCUGCGUUUGCGCAUCCCCGUUUGACGGGAAGUAGGACUGGAGAAUGAACUAGGCAGUAGGUCUUUUUUUUUCUUUCAGGUGGGGUUGUGCCCUUGCCCGAACCCCUUCGCCACUCCCUCUCCACCCAGGGCGGAGCCAGGUGCUUAGUAAAAUCGGUCCCGCGCUUCGAACCCCGGGCAUUCUGUAGUCCCCAUCUAAACCCCACUUGGAGCCAAAAGGAACUGAGGACCAGGAGUUUUUUAGAAGAUUCCAGGGUUUGGCGGGGAAGGGAUUGUAACGGAAACCACCCUGUUUUCCGGCUCACAACCGGCGCUUUUGAUUUCAAAGACCAAGUGCUAGGCACUCCCAGGACACUGCUGGUCUGCCUUAGGCCGGGCGAGUCCGGGCGCACUUUCUGCGGGGCCGCCUGGGAGUCGAGGCUGCUGCCGCUACACUAGGAUUUCUCCCUCACCUAAGCUUCUGGAGGUGCAGAUGUAAGAGCAACAACAGACUCGGUUCCUGCCCCGGUUUCUGUCGAAGACCAGACACCGGGGCCAGGACCUCCGUGGCGCCUUCUGAGCCUUGGCCAAUCCCGACCGCGUUGCUGCCGCCCGCAGGCUAAAGAGUGCGGCCUGCCUGGCCCCUGAAGGUUGCUGCCUUUCAAGUGGUGCCUAAUAAGUUAUUUUCUUGAUUAACAUGUUUGUUUAUUUAUUUAUUUGUGGUAUUUGAAAAUGUGUCUCUGCUUUGCUUUUCUCUACUUGCCUAACCCAGGGCCUUUUCUUCAGGACACUGGGGGUGGGGAUGGAGGUGACAGUGGGGGGGGAAGCUCUCUCCCCAAGGCCCACUCAAAACCCGUCUUCUUUGUUGGGCCCUCUUUUCUUUUUGCUUAUGUUCAGUGAAGUUUGGAGAUUCUUUUAUACUUUUCUUAUGUAGUCUCUUGUUUGUCUUAUAAUAAUCAUCAUGAUGAUAAAUAAAUAGGUAACGUGGCUUAGCCUCCUCCCAUGCAGAGUGGAAUGUCCUGAAUUCCUUCCAACAUCACCCAGUGUAUGACUUUAUUUCUGCUUUUUACAUAUUAUGAAUAUUUAUCUUGCUCUAUCGUCAUGAGUCCUCGAGACAAUUGCCAAAUACAGCCACUAGCAGUGAGAGAUGCAAGGCUGCGGGAGCACUUUCAGAUGCGGGCGUUCAAGCAGCACUCAGGUCUGGAGCUGAGAAAUCGGAUUCAGGCAGAUUUUAAUCAGUGUUGAGAAUGUCCCUGGUUAGGCCCCUGCUUCUUCUAAGUUCCAGCAUAGGUGAUUCUAAUAUACGUUCUGGUUAACAUUGUCCCUUCUUUUUCACACACUGAAAGUAGAGUAAUUUGUGUCUGUGUUUAAUCUUACCAAACUACAUUGGAAGCCUGAGCAGGGCAAGGACCAAUAAUUUUACUUCUUUGUAUUUCCUGUAUUGCUUUAGUAUGCUGGCAUGUACAUAGUAGGCACUAAAUACAUGUUUGUUGGCUGAUUGUUUAAGAAAGCCAGAGUGUAUUACAACCAUUGGGUGAUACUAAAUCUGGGGCUGUCAUGGACAUGAUACACAAUGGUUGAAAUCACUAUGGAAAAAGAUGUUUUGUGUAAUAUUUGCUUCAAGAACAUUGUGCUUUCCUGAAAGCAGUAACCAAGAGUUAAAAUGUCUCUAAUGUUUUGUUUGAACUAAUGAACAAACAUAUGCUUUUGGUUAUACAUCAUAAAGUUUAGCUCUGUCCCUUAAUAAUAUAUAUUAUUACUACUUUGGAAAAUAGAUUUUUAAUGGUUAAGAACAAUGAAAUUUACAAAGCUAAAUCUUGAUCAUUAUCCUCUUUAGAGGAUACAAAUCCAGUGCUCUUAACAUGUUACCAUCGUAAUAGUAAUGAAAUAAACAAAUGUAUUAUGUUGUUGCAA